AUGCCUGGUCUCGACCUUCAGCAUGAGCCCCUCGCGGCCGACGACGUGAGAAUCCUGGGCCAGGACCCCCUCAUCCCGCCCGCCCUCCUCUCUUCCGAGAUCCCCAUGACCGACACGGCCCUGCAGACCGUCGUCCGCGGCCGCAACGAGGCCGCCGACAUCAUCAUGGGCAAGGACGACCGCCUCCUCGUCGUCAUCGGGCCCUGCUCCAUCCACGACCCCGCCACCGCCCUCGAGUACUGCGCCCGCCUCAAGGACGUCUCCGCCCGCCUCGCCGGCGACCUCUGCGUCGUCAUGCGCGCCUACCUCGAGAAGCCCCGCACCACCGUCGGCUGGAAGGGCCUCAUCAACGACCCGGACAUCGACUCCACCUUCAAGAUCAACAAGGGCCUGCGCGUCAGCCGCACCCUCUUCCGCGACCUCACCUCCGCCGGCAUGCCCAUCGCCAGCGAGAUGCUCGACACCAUCUCCCCGCAGUUCCUCGCCGACUUCAUCAGCGUCGGCGCCAUCGGCGCCCGCACCACAGAGAGCCAGCUGCACCGCGAGCUCGCCAGCGGCCUGUCUUUCCCCGUCGGCUUCAAGAACGGCACCGACGGCAACCUCGGCGUCGCCAUUGACGCUAUCGGCGCGGCGGCGGCGAAGCACCACUUCAUGGGUGUCACGAAGCAGGGUCUGGCCGCCAUCACGCGCACCAAGGGCAACGAGCACGGCUUCGUCAUCCUGCGCGGCGGCUCCCACGGCCCCAACUUUGACAAGGAGAACGUGCAAAAGGCCAAGGAGACGUUGACGAAGAAGGGCCAGAAGCAGGCCAUCAUGAUUGACUGCUCCCACGGCAACUCCAACAAGGACCACCGCAACCAGCCCAAGGUCGCCGCCGUCAUCGGCGAGCAGCUCAGGGAAGGCGAAAAGUCCAUCAUCGGCGUCAUGAUCGAGUCCAACAUCAACGAGGGCAACCAGAAGGUCCCCGCCGAGGGCCCCGCCGCGCUCAAGAAGGGCGUCUCCAUCACCGACGCCUGCAUCGACUGGGACUCCACCAUCACCGUGCUCGAGGACCUCGCCUCCGCCGUCCGCGCCCGCCGCGAUGUCAACGCCGGCACGGCCAACGGCAACGAGGAGAGCCACAAGGUCACCCACCUCGAGGAGGAGUAA